AACUCUAAGAGAAUAAUUUGUCAUCUGAAAUUUAUAGUCAGAUUCUCUAUUUCUUGCCAGUAUAAAUUGAUUCAAAACGACAAAGAUGUCGAUGUACACAACUCCGAUAUUGUACCUGAAUAUGGGUGGAGAAAUGCUGUACGUGUUACAGCAAAGAUUAAAUGCUCAAGGAAUUGAUUUCAACAAAAGCAUACAAGUCUUGGAUGACGUAACAGCUGCAUUAUUAAAUCCAAAAAUAUUAACAACUGUAUUCAAGCCAUCCGAGCCUACAAGUGUUUCUUGCAUUCGCUCCACUUUGGAAUGUGUAGCUUUGUCAUCAAUUAUGAGACUCGACAAAGCAAGUAUGGAUAAAUUGUUUGAUCUAAUGAUUAUGUUGACCAAAUAUCAACUCACCAUGAGCACAGGACCAAGAGAAGUGAUUCUUCUGAUACUCAAUCACAUUGAUGCUAUGCGAGAGAUUGCGGUAGAUAAGAAUGCUCACGAAUGCAUAAAUUUAGUGCAUCAUAUGGUCGUUAAUUUAUAUGGUAAUAUGACCAUGGGCCAAGUUUGGCAAACACGAAAAGACUGUUUGAAGGUCCUCGAUGAUUAUCAUGUCAGAGUUUCAGUUCUAUUAAGAUUGGGUCUUCAGAAUAAUGACGCAACCUUCAACAGAACUUCUGUACAGUACAACGAGAAUUACAUAAAGUAUCAAGAUAUGCUUGAAGGCGUUAAGCUGAAUGACACAGAUUGCGAAAAUUGUGCUAUUGGCUCUUUUGCCUUGUUUGGAAAUCGUGAUACUAUACUUGGAAAAAAUGUAUAUUCUCCUUCAUAUGGGCAAACGCAAUAUAUUGCAAAGAAUGAGCAACAUUCACCUAAAAAUCUAGGAAUCAGAAGGGAAUUAAAGAUGCUCGAGGCCCAAUUGGGGGUCAAGGAAGAAGAACCCGUGAAAACAUUUCAUCUAAACUUAUUUACAGAGGAUAUUUCUAGCGACGAUAAUACUGAGAAUACUGAUAAUAUGCAGCCCGAAAAUACAGAUAAAGUUAGCAGCUUGGUUACAGAAGAGCUUAAAUCAAAUAAGGAAUACAAAAACACAUUAGAAAACAUAUACGCAGACUUUGAUGUAAGUGAACAGCAAACCAGCAUCAAUUUACUAGAAUUGCUCGAUAAAAUUGAAUCAAGUUCAUCGAUCCUAACGACGACUGUGACUUGAAAUCAAUAAAUUUUCAAUAAUAACCUACAGGCAGUUUAAAAUGUGAGCACUAAACUGUAAGUGUACACAUAUUUUUUUAUAGAGUAUAAGGCGUGCACGGUUCUUGAGUACCAACUUAUUUCAUGUUAAUACUAAUAUACCAGCAAAGACUCGAUUUCGGACACUAAUUAGAUCAUAAUAUAAAUUUAAAGAAAAUGGUGAUAUUGAAUGGCUGCAUUAAAAUUGAAAUUAAUAAUUGUA